AUGUCAGAUAAUAAUAUUACUACUAACCAUCAAACAAUUGACAAUGGUGAUUUCCCAUCACUUAGGAUGUUGGGCGAUAAACAAAAUCUAGUUUUAGAUGUCGCAGUUGAAACUGCUGACAUAUAUAUUGACAACAUUGGUGAUUUUAUCUUUACUCGCCAUGAAGCUGAUGGAUCUAUCCAUCUUGUUCAUGAUCCCUUGAAUCGUUGGUCGGUAGAUCAGAUUCCUGCUGAGUUGAAGAAAAAUAUGGAAGUCACUUAUAGUCAAUGUCUUGCUAGAGUGAGUUUAAUUAGUACUGAUAGAAUCUGUAUGAUUUUGAACAUCACAGAGCAGGUGCUCGAUUCCGUCUUUAAUAGUGAGUUAGCAAAAUCUUUUGCGAAACCUCCUUUUAGUCGGUUGAUUACUCAUAUUUUAGAUACCAAUCUAACUGUUAGCAGACAAAACUUCCUUUUCCCGGCUUAUACUUUUCAUAGAGUUCGGGUGGGAUCGUUAGAUUCUGAUAAUCUCGUUGAAAAAGUGUUUUUUCUUCGUGAUUUUGAGUUCAAGUUGAUGCAGAGAUUGUCUCAGAUCAAAAGCUUCACUGAACGGUUUCCAAAUUGCCAUUCUUUAAAGGCUGUUAUUCUUAAGGCUGCUUCUCCAUCGAGACUCACUGAUCUGGGAGAGAUUAGGUUGAUUUUGGAUCACAUUAAGAGCAAUCUUCUUAACGCUAAAGAUGCUCGUGAAUGUUGGGAAAGGUGUAAUGAAUUACCUAUGCCUAAUACUGAAGCUGCUAAAUUUAUUCGGAAGUUAAAUUCCAAAAGGAACUUUGUUCAAUGGUAUCUCAAUGUCUCGAUUAAGUUCAAAAACAAAGCAAUCGUUGUCAAAACUUUGACACACCAUUUUGGUCGCUUUAAAGACGGAGAAGAACCAAAUGCUGAUAAUGUUGUUAAUGAUAUUAUCAAUGAGCCAGGAUUUGUUAAUGAUAUGUUUCCUAUUCAGAUGUCAUUUGAUCAACCAACUCUGAAGCUGGAUUUGAAAAACAAACAAGCCAAUAAUAGAAGAACGUUUCAUAACGAUGGUAAAGAUGGUAAUGGAAAAAUCAAGAAACUAAAAACCGAUAACAAAGGUUAUGUUGCUGGCGGAAAAACAAAAGGACAAAAUAUGACAAGUUGUAUGUGA